AUGUUUAAAUUUUUGGUUCUUGUUGCCCUUGCUGCCUGCGCUGUGGCUGAGCAUCAUGCUUCUUCAUACGCAUCGUUCAACAAUCAUGUUGAACAUUCAUAUCACCACGAUGAUCAUCAUGAUCAUCACGAGCCACAUCACCAUCCAAAAUACGAAUACAAAUAUGGCGUCGAGGACCAUCACACCCAUGAUAUGAAAUCUGCCGAAGAGGAACGAGACGGGGAUGUCGUCAAGGGAUGGUACAAGCUUGUGCAGCCUGAUGGCCGGACCCGUAUUGUUCAUUACACUGCCGAUAAACACAACGGUUUCAAUGCUGAUGUCAAAUAUUCUGGUCAUGCCGAACAUCCUCAUCAUUAUUAA